AAACAGAGAACGCGAGCGGUGCUAAGCUCUUUGUGAUGGCGGGCACGGGCUUGGUGGCUGGAGAAGUUGUGGUGGACGCGCUGCCGUAUUUUGAUCAAGGUUACGAAGCGCCUGGUGUGAGGGAAGCGGCUGCGGCGCUGGUGGAGGAGGAAACCCGCAGGUAUCGACCAACUAAAAACUACCUGAGCUACCUGACAGCCCCAGAUUAUUCUGCUUUUGAAACUGACAUAAUGAGAAAUGAAUUUGAAAGACUGGCUGCUCGACAACCAAUUGAAUUGCUCAGUAUGAAACGAUAUGAGCUUCCAGCUCCUUCCUCAGGUCAGAAAAAUGACAUUACUGCAUGGCAAGAAUGUGUAAACAAUUCUAUGGCCCAGUUAGAGCAUCAAGCAGUUCGAAUUGAGAAUCUGGAACUAAUGUCACAGCAUGGAUGUAAUGCCUGGAAAGUAUAUAAUGAAAAUCUAGUUCAUAUGAUUGAACAUGCACAGAAAGAGCUUCAGAAGUUAAGAAAACAUAUUCAAGAUUUAAACUGGCAGCGAAAGAACAUGCAACUCACAGCUGGAUCUAAAUUGAGAGAAAUGGAGUCAAAGUGA